CACUGCUAGGCAUUUAAUAAAGGGUCGGUCAGUGAUUGUGCGUCAGUUCGCUACUGGACACAGUCAGUGUUGGAAGAGCACGAGACAUCAGCCAUCUUCUUUCUUCGAAUCAGAGAACCCAUUUCGGUCCACUGAUAUUUUUAAAGAAACUUGAAUUUCAAAACACCCAGUAAACACUCAGAGAUGUCUGACUUCAGGAGGAAGAAGCUACUUCACGUAUUCAAUGUUUUCUUUGAUGUAAACCACAGCGGAACGAUCGAGAAGAGAGACUUUGAACUGGCGAUUGAGAGGAUCCGCAAAGCACGAGGCUGGAAAGACUCAGAUGCGAAGUACUCAGAAACUAGAGAGAUCCUGCUGAAAGUGUGGGACGGUCUGCGGCAGAAGGCUGAUGCCAAUCAAGACGGUCAGGUGAGCCACGAGGAGUGGGUAUCCAUGUGGAACGAUUACGCAAAGAAUCCCGACAAGGCGCUCGAUUGGCAGAACCGCUACAUGAAUUUCAUGUUUGACCUAGAGGAUUCUUCAGGAGACGGCACAAUUGACGAAGCAGAGUUCAAGUCUCUAUGUGUUAGUUAUGGUCUGAGUCCUGAAAGUAGCGUUGAAGCCUACAAUAAAUUCACUUCUAACAAGACUGUGGAGAUAACACGAGAAGUUUUUGCUGACCUAUGGAAACAGUUCUUCUCUUCCGAAGAUCCUAAUGCACCUGGAAACUACAUCUUUGGCAAAGUUUCGCUUUAAUAACCUUUCACUGUCUCUCUUCAUUCCACGCAACUUAUUAUGACACAACAUCUCAGCCUGGAUCUGCGUGACCAGGUUGCAAGUGGAGGGCACAUCCUAACUGGGUUUUCCAAGGUCAUCCGAUGUGUGAAAUGAGAAAUUGAGUACUACGAACUAGGCGUUCAGAAACUUUUACAACAUUAAUACUGUUAUUGCAGGCCUUUUUUAAAAAGGUGUAACUUUUUUGGAAACAAUAACAAGAUGUAAAUCUGUAAAUGAAGCUGGAAUCCAUAAAAAUGCAGGCAUAGCAGAAACAUUUGAACUGUAUCACAAAAAGUGAUCAUGAUCAUGAUAAUAAUAAUCUCAAACUUCUCCAUGGUAUGUGUGCCAGUAAUUCAUGUUUCUGCUAAACUAACGAAACAAAGGCACCGAUCUGUAAUCAGAAACAACGGUUUUUACUGAUAUUUUCUGCUGGGAUAAAAAUUUUGUCAUAAAAGUUUAAUUUAUCAUUAAUUUACAUCCAUAACACCUCUAAUAUUAAUUUUAAAUAUUGUAAAUACUGAUUAUGGAAAUGUAUAAGACAGUGAGAAUUAUAAUACAGUAUAAUUAAGUGGGAUGUUACACAGAAAUGGAUUGCACCUGUUUAUUAAAGGCUUAAAUAAUUUCAGUUCACACAUGCACAAUCAUCUGACCAAAAAAUAAAUAAAAAUUAAUAUUUAUUGGAUGUUACAAUUUAUGUAAUGUGUUGAUAUGGAAAGCCUGGUACUGAUAUGGCAUCUGCAAACUUCUGCACAAUGACCUGUAUUCUGCUACAAACAUUACAGUAUGUUUACAAAAAAGUAUUCUGAUGAUGGUUUAUUGAAAUAAAUUACAGGCAUUAGUUCACGAAGUUACUAAAAACAUUUGAGGUUGGAGAACAAUAUGAAUACAAAUGGUGUUGGGGAGUUCAGCUCACAAAGUCACUGUUAAAUUUCAGCAAGAGUUAUGCUGAGAAAUAUAAACCUAUGGUAAAAAAGCCUCUCUACCAUGGCAUACCAGAACAAAUUUCUAUACAUUAUAUAUAUAUAAAAGAAUUGUGAAACAAAUGUGGAAAAUCAAUAAAAUGGUAUAAUGUUUCUGUUUUAAUUUGUA